UUUUAGAACAGCGAUGCACUUUUCAACAAAGGUAUGUUGUUUAACAUUGGAUACAAGGAAGCGCUCCGACUUCAUGAUUUCCAAUGUUUUGUUUUCCACGACGUUGAUCUGCUACUGGAAGACGACAGGAAUUAUUAUGGCUGUGCUUUGAAUCCGAGGCAUUUGUCUGUGGCUGUAGAUAAAUUUGGAUACAGGUACGUUUGCCGUACACGCGUAAAAAUUUGCUACAAGGUUGUCACUCACAACUUGUUGACAAAUUGUCGAAUUGCACAGAACGAUAACAAGUUGUUGGAACAACUUGUAACAAGUCUGUUGACCUCAACAAUUUUGUAGCAAGCUGUCAACAAGCAGUGCGAACACAUCCUAAUAAUAAUAAUAAUACUUUAUUUCGCUCAGAUAUAUAGUAUGUGAUAUACUACACUGCAAUAGUUUAUAACCAUUCCGAAGUUGAUGAGAAUACUGGAGACUAGUGUUAAAAAGUGCCCAAAUUAAGAAAUGAACCAAAUCACUAAAAAGACCACCUCAAAAUUAGUAAGUAUACAAAGUUUGAAGACGUUUACAUGAAUACCCUUCGAAUAUUAAGCUUUCGAAAAUCGCGAUAUUUACUAUGAAAUGCACUGUAAUUUUUGUUUGGGGGGACGCGCGUCCCAAAAACAGUCUUUUAAUCAGUAAUUUCACAAUUUUCAAAAGCUUAUUAUUCGAAGGGUAUUCAUAUAAACGUCUUCAAGCUGUGCAUACUUACUAAUUUUGAGGUGGUCUUUUUAGUGAUUUGGUUCAUUUCCUAAUUUGGGCACUUUUUAACACUCGUCCCCAGUCCACUCGUCAAUUUCGGAAUGGCUAAUACACAGAAAUAUUGCAUUUAUAUGAGCCUGGAGAUUGAGUUAACCUUAACGGUUUUCGAGUCAUGCUUGACAAGUUGUUGGAACAGCAUUACUACAAGCCUGCUGCAGGUUUGUUACAACUUGUGCGUCUUUACAUGUGUAUACUGUAAGGCUGGGAUUACACUAUACCGGAUUGAUUUUCAUACCGGAUCAAUUUUCACACCGAAGCCAAAAUCAAGGGUGUUUACACUAUGCCGCUUCGCUCUGUCGCCAGCUCGUAUCUUUUAUCGUUGCCACGGAAACAAAUAAUAAGUUUUGACCAUUUUGGACGUUUUCUCGACAGUACUUGUGAAUUAUAACUUUGUUUACAAAGCUUGACCACCGGACGUUGCUUUGUCUCGCUCUUAUCGAAAAUUGACGAGUAUUUCAUUAAAUUUUGCCCUUUUGAAAGCAAGAAGUCAAUGUUAUUACCGCUAUCUUUAUUUGUCUUCGCUAGAAAUAAUAAAUAAUUGUAAAGCGAAGCAAACAACACCUAUAAAAUAUUUAAAAGCGAGUAAAUGAAACGACAAUGUUAAAAUAUACUUGCCGAAACCUAUUUAUAGUACCGGAGCGUACCGGAUUGCUUGAUUACGCUUGGUUUUAUCCGGUACAGCACGUACCGGAUUACUUUUCAUAUCACCUCCAAAGCGAAGUGAUUUUCGCGCCGCGGCACGUACCGGAUUACAGUGGCGUAGUGUAAACAAGAGGCCAAUCCGGUACAGAAAUCGCGUCGCUUCGAUGCAAUCCGGUAUAGUGUAAUCGGGGCCUAAAUGUAUGGACAGUCGUAUAGUGGUGUCACAUAUUUGUACCUUAAUCUGAUUUAUAUUUUUAUCUCGAACGCUUUAAUACUAAUUCAUGAAUAAAUUAGCAAACCAUAUUACUUUAUCAAAAAUAUCAAAAAUCUUCACUAAUGUUUCAGUUAGACAUAUGUUUCACAGAAAUAUAUCUGCCUAUCAUGAAACAAUAUAUACUUGGUUUCUUCAAACAAAAUUAUUGUGGUGUCCAUGUUUAUUUUGCUCACAUGAUUUAUAAUUCAAUCCUAUGACUGGAGGAAAAUUAACGCAAUCUUAAUAUUUGUUCAGGUUACCUUAUUUUACUAUCUGUGGAGGCGUUGUGUCUUUCACGAAAGAACAGUUUGAGAAAAUAAACGGCUAUUCAAAUGUAUAUUGGGGUUGGGGUGGCGAAGACGAUGACUUAUACCAAAGGUAAUAAUAUUGUCGAGUUUCUGUGAUCAAUUUCAGGAAUGUUGAAACUUGGAUUAACUUAAUUCCACGCGCAUGUUUCACAUCAAAUUCGUGCAUUAUACCUUCCAUUUUUGUGUGCAAGCCAUUUUUUGCAAAAACAAUCCUUUUGCACUCGGGAACUUAAUUUUAAGAGAAAACAAGUGAAAUUUCAAUUUAAUGACCAGUUUGAAAUUGCUUACUUUUUAUAUUAAACCCCGCAUAUAAGAACCUACAACAUGCAUGGUGCUUAACAGGAAAGUUGGCUAAACGGGUUCCUAAUUAAACAGGUUCUUAUUUUCUUGAGAAUAAAGCGACUCAUUUUCUGUAGGUGUGGUAUAUAAUUUAUAUAAAAUUAUGUACAAAUUAUCUAACAAUCCAUGAUGCUGGAAAUUGCUUACAGUCACUAUAGUAUAGUAUAGUAUAGUAUAGUAUAGUAUAGUUGAGAUUGUCGUGUAGUAUUUUUACUGAAGAAUCAAACACUCAACUUAUUCAUAAGCUUAUUGCCAAAUCAUUUCAACCAUAAUAUGUCACGUGCAUUGGCUUUAAACCUGAUAAAACGCUCCUAAUUAGUAUUCUUUAUAUAAAGAAUACUAAUAGGCAGUAUCUAUAUUGUAGUCGUAUCCUCAUUAGUAUUCUUUGUAUAAAGAAUACUAAUAGGGCAGUAUAUCUAUUGAAUUUGAGCUCCACCUUUGAAUUUACUAUAUGAGUAAAUUCCUAACCUUUUCUUUCCUUAACUUUUUAAACUUUUUUUGCUUUUUAAAACUCUUUUAAAACUUUUUAAAAACUUUUUUUUUGAAAAUCUUGAAAAUCUCCCCGCCCCCGCGCGAGAAGUCGUGUCUUCUGAUAAAUUCAAAAUGUGCCGCGAAUUUAUCAUAAUGAUAAAUUCGGACGUGUUUAAGAAUUUACUCAUAUAGUAAAUUCAAAGGUGGAGCUCAUGUUGGUUUUAUUAGAAUAAAACUAAUAAACUCCUGCUCGUUUAUUAAACCGUACAUUAUAUAAAAUAUUUGUUGUUGUGUUGAUAUAUGGACAUCUUAUUUAUCUGAAUGACAUUUUCAGGGUUCUGGGUCAUUUUCAUUAUAGUUUGUGAAGAGCUUAUUUUUUAUGCCUAAAUUUUUAGUUUUGAUUCUUUUUGAUAAAAGCUUAGAAAUUCUACCCUAAACAGAUUCGUGUUUAAAGGGGCUCUGAAUAGAAUAUUUUGGUCUAACAGGUUCUUAAAUUCUCGGUUCUUAUAUGCGGGGAUUUACCUCUCUCCUCCGCAGAGGCUUCUGUUGACUUUGCAUGAUUACGAUUAGUAGUGAGAAUACACCUCUGCGGAGGAGAGAGGGAUUUUACUGUACUGCUCUCAUACCGUAAACCUCCGACUAUAAGCCCUGGGCUUAUAAUACUUUCAUAAGCAAUUUUUGAUGGGCUUAUACAAGGGGGGGGGGGGCUUAUAUACGGGGGGGCUAAUACAUGGACGAUCUUUUGUGUUUGUAACAAACAAGUCAGACAUAAACAAGUCAGUCAUAAACAGGAAAAUAAACAUGUAAAACGCGCUUUGAUUCACAUAGUCGGCUAUAAAGACAAUGACAAUGUUUUUAAAUAUCGUUCUCUGCUAUAUCAAAAGACAAUGUCAAUGUUGAAUAACGUAGUGGGCUACUGGGCUUAUAUUCGGGGAUCCUAUAUUUGGGGCUUAUAUCUCGUGCGGCACGCAUUCAAAUAUAUUUGGAACGAGGUGAGCGUUAGCAUAUGUGGUGGGCUUUAUAUCUCGGAGGGGCUUAUAUCUGGGCCAUAUCUCAAUAUAUCUCACCAAAUAUAUUUGGGGGCUUAUAUUCGGGGGGGGCUUAUAUUCGGGGGGCUUAUAGUCGGAGGUUUACGGUAAUUCUAUAUGUCGUUGCAGGAUUCGUGCGGCAAAGUACACGUUGUCGAGACCAAUGAUCGAGUUAGGUUGUUACACAAUGCUGAACGUUGGUCAUAAGAGUGCUCCAAAAGACCCUAAGAGGUUUGUAAAUACCCCAGUAUAUGGAGCUAUAAGUGAUGUGAAAUAUAUAUAUAUUCAAAAUAAACUAACAAAGUAAAUACAACCUCACUCUGAAGGCCUUACACUACACCUGCCUCGUUCCCAGGCGCUAAUAAAAUAUUUCAUGCGAGUCACUAUAUGAACGGUUCACAUGAAGUAGUGCAUCGCGACGAACAAGCGCAGGGACGCUCAUAUCCCACUCCCCUUUGCGCGCCUAUAAUGUGACGCACUACUUCAUGUAAACCUUUCAUAUAGUGACUCGUUCAGUUACCCCUACUAGUUUAGUUUAGGUUUCCUCUCGAACACUGGAUCAAUGAGGUCGGAUGUUCUCACUGGACCUCUAGAAAGAACAGUUUAGAUACGAAUAUAGAAUUAUCCAGUAUAGAGUUAAAUGUGUGUCCCUCCAAAGGAAAGGCGUGGUAAUGGGUUAAAAUUCAUUUAGGCAUAAAAAACUGCAAAGUUCAGCGAAGAGGAUGACGACAGAUGGAUUAAACUCCCUUCAAUACGACGUCAUCAAGUCCAUCAAGACAGCCGAAUAUCAACUGUACACGAAUAUUACAGUAAACAUUGGCGCGGUCUGAUUAUCUUGUGGUAGUUGACAAGAUGUCCUAUACAAUCCUGGACAAAACAUCUGCGACACUUCCAAUAGGCAAUUCCAGCUAUGGACUAAAUUUUGAUGUAGGAAAGAAAAAAAUCCAUCACCACACCUACAAAGUGCAUAUUAAAAUUAGUAAAAUUGCAAAGUUUGGUUGCGAAAUGUUGUAAAAUGUGGAAAAUAUAGCCCUGUGAAAUUUGCAAAUUCUGUAUUAAUUUGUAUUACGCGCGGGAAAAUGCAUCACAUUUGGGCCCGAAAGUGAAACGGCUAGCCGCCAUUUUGUAAAUUUCGGUUUUGUUCACUGGUUUUGUUAUAUUCACUUGUAGGUGACUAUAACAGCUUUUAAGCUAUAAAAAAAAUAAAAUACGUCAAAUUUGACCAAUAAAAAAAAACAACAAAAAAAUUUGACAAAUCAACUUGUGUAGGAUUUGUUAUGUUCACUUGUGCAAAAAUACUAAAAGUUAAUAUUGAAUAAUACUAUUGAUAAAAACCAUUAAAUAACUAAAUAAUAACGUGAUUUUUACACACUUUAUUCAACCCGCGACUCAAUAAAAUACACGGUUUGGAGCUUUUUUACAACCCGCGACUUUUUUUACCUGCGACACGCGACCAUUAGUCAAACUCAGGGUGAACAUAUAAGAAUAUAUAUAACCUUUCGUACGGUUAAAAUGGUACACCGUGGAAUAUAUAUUUAAAAUAAUCGCGCUAUAUAUUGUCUGAAGUAGGUUAGAAUACUAAGCCGCAACACACGUUCUUUCAAGUCCAUUUCAAGCCGGUAGCUGGCUCUCAAUUCUAUAUAGCACUGCUGAAAAAUUUAGCAAAUUGAAUGUUUUUGUAGAUGUCCAAAAACGUACUGGACCCCCCAUGUUUGAGAUAAUUGAGAGGGGAUGUGCUGGACCCCACGUUUGAGAUAUCUUUUUCAGGUAGUUCAAACAGAAACCACGACAGCUUACUGUAGAAUCCUACCUACACUGGAUCACCACGUUUGAGAUAUCUUUUUCAGGUAGUUCAAACACAAACCACGACAGCUUACUGUAAAAUCCUACCUACACUGGAUCACCACGUUUGAGAUAUCUCUUUCAGGUAGUUCAAACACAAACCACGACAGCUUACUGUAGAAUCCUACCUACACUGGACCACCACGUUCGAGAUAUCUUUUUCAGGUAGUUCAAACACAAACCACGGCAGCCGUUUACUGUAGAAUCCUACCUACACUAGACCACCACGUUUGGGAUAUCUUUUUCAGGCAGUUCAGACACAAGCGUAUAUUGUAGUACACUGCCUACAAUCUAAUUGUUUUGUUUUUCCCUAGUUGACAAAGCGCCCGAAGUCAGACGAGAUCAAAACCUCAACGAUAAAAGUAGCAGAGACAGGUAACACUAAAAUGACGUCAUCUGUGGUAUGACGUCAUAUCCGGUACUAUGGACGGAUCGUCCCACGGUAUACCUAUAUUGGGUCAAGCAGUCCGGAACAUCACGAGUGACUUGAAUUCAGGUAUACGAGGGGUAUAUACUUUGCAUCUAGACUUUCCUAGAUAGCAAAACUGGACUCUUAAUAUAUGGACGAAUUUGAUGAUAGGCAGAUAUAUUUCUGUGAAAGCCAUGUCUAAGGGCUUGUUCAUAUGGGCAAAAGUUAUCCCGGUUAGCGAGAAAAUUUUUCGACAAGUUUAAAAGCGAGAUCUCGCCUUGUUAUGAAAAUAAUAUGAAAAGUUACACUGCGUUCAUAUGAGACAAAAAGUCUUCCCGUGUACCGAGAUCUCGCUUGUUGACAGGCGAGAUAUCGGUGACCGGGAUAAAGUUUUCCCAUAUGAACACAACUUUCCCGCUUAGCGGGAUAACUUUCUGUCGUGUCAGCAACUUUUCAAUUCAAUUGAUGUUUAGUGCUACGUCACAGCCGAAAACUUUACCCGGUAAGCGUGAUAACGUUUCUCUCCAUAUGAACAGAACAAAAGUAUUUGGCUAGUCGAAAAGUUUUCUCGUUAACCGGGAUAACUUUUGCCCAUAUGAACAGGCCCUAACUGAACAAGUACGGCCGUAGGUCCCGUUUACAUGAGACAGGAACGAAGUCAAACCGGGACCAUUUCGUUUCGGUCAUAGUAUGUUUUAUAAUAGAUGUUUACAUGAGACCACGGGACGAAAAUAACUCAGACCGGUCUCAAGUCAUUCCGCCUGCUGGACCGAGCCGAUUGACUUCAGACCGGCAUGAAUUCAGACUGGGAUGAAUGUAAACACAAAUACAUUUCAGAACGGUCUCGGCUGUAACCUUGACAUUGGAACAACACAUGCUAACAAAAUCCAUCUAAAAAAGAAAAUUGCCUGGCAAGGGGAAUAAAUUGAAAAUUUUGUGAUUUUCGUUCCGGUCUCAUGAAAAGAUGUUGACAAUUUCAAUUUUCAUUCCGGCUCGACUUCGUCCCGGUUGGCCGGUCUCAUGCACGUAAACGGGGUCUUAUAUGUUUCACUUUUCAAAACUGAUCAUUUUGGUUAGCCAAAGGCAAUGUCACAUAAAAAAGGAGAAAUAUAUUUCAACGUUAAAUGCAAAGAUAGUAUAACUAUUAGUAUCUUCAUUGAUACUAGUGUACCAUUUCAGAAGUGAAAUUGUUUAGGGUGCGAAGCCCGCACUUCGCCCGCCCCACCGGUGCUUUAGACAAAACAAACACAUGUGCAAAUGCGGUUGAAAACAUAAUAAUUCUAGAAGAUUUUAGUUUUAUUCAAAUUAUGCCCCCCUGAUGCUUGAGGAGAAGCGAAGCGAAAAAUUGCUGUAUUCAAUGACACGAAUACAACAUAUAUAGUUGAAAAAUAUAUAUUAUAGAAAGGGAGAAAUUUCUCUUUACUUAGGAUACGGUGUGGAACAACGGAUAUAGCACUGCAUUUAAUGUAGCGCUUGGUUAAAGCAACAAAGGUGUAAGGCGUGUAACAAAGCCCUGUUCGGUAUGGCGGCGUUUAUAUUAAGUGAGAGAAUUUUAGCGAG